AUGGUAGAUACCCACAUUGACAACGACCCAGCCAGCGACCCUCAUCGCGACCCUCACCACCCCGUGGGGACCGUCGGAGCUCGGACCCCAUCGUCCUUUUGCAACAGCACCGCCAGCUUCCAUUCCUCCUCCCACGACGAUAGUCGUGACUGCAACGAGCUGGACCCGGAUAGUUUCGAGUUACACGAGAUCGAAACGCAGCAGGACGAUGAUUCGACGGGAUCAAUCUCGUCGGGCGAGUACCGCAUCACCACCCGCCGCACGGUCUCCCGGACCAGUCAGGGCAGUCGCAGACGACGCGAGGGGGUUAUCGGGUCUAUUCAGAGGUUCUGGUUGAGGAAUGUAGUUUUGACGGUGCCGCAGAAGAAGAAUCGGGAUUAUUUAGCUCUCGAACGAACAUUCCUCGCAUAUAUACGCACGUCGGUCAUCCUAGCCAUGCAAGGGGUCCUCAUCGCGCAGCUCUUCCGCCUGCAAUCCACCAGCUCCAGCAAGGGGCUCGGCUACCACGAGGUCGGCGUCCCGCUCUCGAUAACCUGUCACUGCGCGGCGAUGCUGACAGCUAUACUCGGAGCGCUUCGAUUCUGGAAGCAGCAGAGCGCGAUCGCGCUGGGGACGGUGUACGCCGGAGGCUGGGAGCUGAACUGCAUUGGGUUCUUGACGACUGCGAUCACGCUGGUGACGUUCGUACUAUCCGUUCUUGUCGCUGUUACGUUAGCUUGA